UGAUUUUAUUUUUUCUCCCUAAUACAGAAACUCCACCAUGAGACGAGGUGGAUGGAGGAGGCGAGCUGAAAAUGAUGGCUGGGGAAAAUGGGGUGGAUAUAUGGCUGCCAAGGUCCAGAAAUUGGAGGAACAGUUUCGAUCAGAUGCUGAAAUGCAGAAGGAUGGAACUUCAUCUACAAUUUUUAGUGGAGUUGCCAUCUAUGUUAAUGGAUAUACAGAUCCUUCUGCUGAGGAAUUGAGAAAGCUAAUGAUGUUGCAUGGAGGACAGUACCAUGUGUAUUAUUCCAGGUCCAAAACAACACACAUUAUUGCCACAAAUCUUCCUACUGCCAAAAUUAAAGAAUUGAAGGGGGAAAAAGUAAUUCGGCCAGAAUGGAUUGUGGAAAGCAUCAAAGCUGGACGACUCCUGUCCUACAUUCCCUAUCAGCUGUACAGCAAGCAGUCCACUGUGCAGAAAAGUCUCAACUUCAAUCCUGUGUGCAAACCUGAGGACCCGGUGCCUGGUCCAAGCAAUGGAGCCAAACAGCUUAACAACAGGGUAAAUCACAUAAUUAAGGAGCUUGAGACAGAAAAAGAAAUCAAAGCCAAUGGAAUGAACAGUUGGAAUGAAGAAGAUGCAAGUAGUGAUUUUAGUUUUGCGGAGCUGGAGCAGAUCUUUCCAGAAAGGAAACAAAACGGGAUUCCGCCUCACAGAGACAGCCCUGCCAUUUUCAAUGGCCACACUCAUAGCUCUAAUGGUGCCUUAAAGAUACAGGAUUGCUGGGUGCCUGUAGGCAACAGUGUUGCCAGCAGGCUUUCUCCAGACUCUACCCAGAGGGAGGAGAAGGCUGAGAAUAGCAGCACCGACUUCAGAGACUGCAGUGUGCAGCUGUUGCAACAAAGCACCAGGAACACAGAUGCCGUGCGGAAUCCACACAGAACUAAUUCCUUCUCAUUAUCAUCUUUGCACACUAACACUAAAAUAAAUGGUGCUCACUACUCCACUGUUCAGGGGCCUUCAAGCACAAAAAGCACUUCAGGACCUACUCUUAGCAAGGCAGCACCUUCAGUGCCAUCCAGACCCUCAGACUGCAGUUUUAUUUCAGACUUCUAUUCUCGUUCAAGACUGCAUCACAUAUCAACGUGGAAGUGUGAAUUGACUGAGUUUGUCAAUACCCUACAAAGACAAAGUAAUGGUAUCUUCCCAGGAAGGGAAAAGUUAAAAAAAAUGAAAACAGGCAGGUCUGCCCUUGUUGUAACUGACACAGGAAAUAUGUCAGUAUUGAGUUCACCCAGACAUCAGAGCUGUAUAAUGCAUGUUGAUAUGGAUUGCUUCUUUGUAUCAGUGGGUAUACGAAAUAGGCCAGAUCUCAAAGGAAAACCCGUGGCUGUUACAAGUAACAGAGGCACAGGAAGGGCACCUCUGCGUCCUGGAGCUAACCCCCAGUUGGAGUGGCAGUAUUACCAGAAUAAAAUCCUGAAAGGCAAAGCAGAUAUACCAGAUUCAUCACUGUGGGAGAAUCAAGAUUCUGCGCAUACUAAUGGAAUUGAUUCUGUUUUGUCGAAGGCUGAAAUUGCAUCUUGCAGUUAUGAAGCCAGACAAGUUGGUAUUAAGAAUGGAAUGUUUUUUGGGUACGCUAAACAACUUUGUCCUAAUCUUCAAGCUGUUCCAUAUGAUUUUCAUGCAUAUAAGGAAGUUGCACGCACGAUGUAUGAGACAUUGGCAAGCUAUACGCACAACAUCGAAGCAGUCAGCUGUGAUGAGGCGCUGGUGGACAUCACUGAAAUCCUUGCGGAGACCAAGCUUACUCCUGACGAAUUUGCAAGCGCUGUCCGCAUGGAAAUCAAAGACCAGACUCACUGUGCUGCCUCUGUUGGGAUUGGUUCUAAUAUUCUCCUGGCUAGAAUGGCAACUAGAAAAGCAAAGCCAGACGGCCAGUACCACUUAAAGCCGGAAGAAGUCGAUGAUUUCAUCAGAGGUCAGCUAGUUACUAAUCUACCAGAGCACCUCGAGAUGCUGGCGGUGCUCCAGUCUGACCCAGCAUCCUCGUCUCCUGCCUGCAGACAGGGUGCCACCAUGUCCCCCUUGUCAUGGCUGUCCACACGUGUUUGUCAGUGCCCUGAAGCAGAGAUACCCGUGGGCGCAGGGAGCAGCUCCGGCCCUGUAAAAAGUUACUUCUGUCCUUACAGGACCGUGACUCUCGACCAGGCAACAGACAGUGCAAAAGUAAUUGGAAAGGCCACACUGAACAUGUUCCACACAUUGAAGCUAAACAUAUCGGACAUGAGAGGGGUUGGGAUUCAAGUGAACCAGUUGGUUCCUGCUCAUCUGAGACUUCACGCCUGUCCCAGGCACGUGCCAGCUCAGCCAGAUCCCGGUGGCUCCCACUCUGUCCUGGACCUCCUCCAAGUUCAGAAAGCAAAGACAUCCUCAGAAGAAGAGCACCAGGAAGUAUUCCUGGCUGCCAUGGAUCUGGAAAUCACAUCUGCCUCUAGAACUUGCACGUUCCUGCCAUCUCUCUCUACACAUCUGACAUCUGCUGUCAGCCCUGUUACGAGCAAAGCCGAGCCUUCGGGGAAAUGGAAUGGUCUACAUUCUCCCAUCAGUUUAAAAUCAAAACUGAACCUGAGUAUAGAGGUCCCAUCACCUUCCCAGCUCGAUCAGUCUGUUUUAGAAGCACUCCCGCCUGAUCUCCGGGAACAAGUAGAGCAAGUUUGUGCUGUUCAGCAAGGGGAGCAGCAUGGUGACAAAAAGAACGAACCAGUAAAUGGCUGUAAUACAGGAAUCGUGCCACAACCAGUGGGGACAGUUUUAUUACAAAUACCAGAACCUCAAGCAUCCAACAACGACAUGGGAAUCAACGUAAUAGCCCUUCCAGCAUUCUCACAAGUGGACCCUGAGGUGUUUGCUGCCCUUCCUGCUGAGCUUCAGAAGGAGCUGAAAGCAGCUUAUGAUCAGAGGCAGAGGCAGGGAGAGAGCAGCGCGCACCAGCAGGCAGCCAGCACCGCAGUGCCAAAGAAUCCGUUACUUCAGCUGAAACCAGCCUCAGUGAAAGAAAAGAAACGAAACAAGAAGAAAAAUCCCAUCAGUUCCCCCAAAAAGGUUCAGAGCCCUUUGAAAAACAAGCUGCUUAACAGUCCCGCAAAAGCUGCGCCAGGGGCCAGCGGGAGUCCCCAGAAGUUAAUCGAAGGGUUUCUGAAACACGAAGGUCCUACCCCCGGGAAGCCGCUGGGAGAACUCUCUGCUUCUACUUCAGGUGUGCAGCCUUCCCCAUCGGGCUGUGUCAGACCCCCGGCACCCAACCUUGCCGGAGCCGUCGAGUUCAGUGACGUGAAGACACUGCUCAAGGAGUGGAUCACCACCAUUUCAGAUCCAAUGGAAGAAGACAUUCUGCAAGUUGUGAAAUACUGCACUGACCUGAUAGAGGAGAAAGACUUGGAGAAACUGGACCUCGUUAUAAAAUACAUGAAAAGGUUGACGCAGCAGUCGGUGGAAUCAGUUUGGAAUAUGGCAUUUGACUUUAUUCUUGACAAUGUUCAGGUGGUUUUACAACAGACUUAUGGGAGCACAUUGAAAGUUACAUAGUGUGAGCAGGGAGCGCGGUGCUCUCGCUGCUGUGCCAUAAGUGCUUGUGAGGUAUCUACAAAGUGCAUGGUAGUAAUGCUCUGAGUUUUCAUAAUUUCAAAUUUCUUUUUGAGCAAGUGUUUUGUACAUUUCUUUUCAAAAAGUGCCAAAUUUGUCAGUAUUGCAUGUAAAUAAAUGUGUUCUUUUACUGUAGUAUAGAUUCUAUUUACAAAAUGUUUGUUUAUAAAGUUUUAUGGAUUUUUACAGUGAAGUGUUUACAGUUGUUUAAUAAAGAACUGUAUGUAUAUUUUGUA